CAUCACUGUCCAAAUACACCUGCUAAUAAUAUCUCCGCCCUCCUCUAUAUAUAUUAAUCAUAAUAACUCGCAAAUCUCAACGCACACUAUUAGAUCCAAUCUCAGAUCCCCCCAUUUUUUUCACCUCAUUUCCUCCUCAACAUGGUUUUCCAAAACGGCACCGCCGCCAAGCCGUUCAAGUUCCUAAUCUACGGUCGAACAGGGUGGAUCGGUGGACUCCUAGGCAAGCUAUGUGAAUCACAAGGUAUUGAAUAUGUUUACGGCAACGGCCGUCUCGAGAAUCGCGCAUCACUAGAGAACGACGUCGCUUCAAUCAACCCCACUCACGUUUUUAACGCUGCCGGCGUUACUGGACGUCCAAACGUGGACUGGUGCGAAUCGCAUAAGGUCGAGACUAUCAGGACUAAUGUGGUUGGCACGUUAACGUUAGCUGACGUCUGUCGGGACAAAGGUUUGAUUCUCAUUAACUAUGCUACCGGUUGCAUUUUUGAGUAUGAUGAUAAGCAUACUCUUGGGUCGGGUGUCGGGUUUAAAGAAGAGGAUACUCCGAAUUUUGUCGGAUCCUUUUAUUCCAAAACUAAGGCCAUGGUGGAAGAGUUGCUCAAGAAUUAUGAGAAUGUGUGUACAUUGCGUGUGAGAAUGCCGAUUUCCGUUGAUUUAGCCAAUCCUCGAAACUUCAUUACCAAGAUUACUCGAUACGAGAAGGUGGUUGACAUUCCCAACUCGAUGACAAUCUUGGAUGAAUUGCUUCCCAUUUCUAUUGAGAUGGCGAAGAGAAACCUCACUGGAAUUUGGAACUUUACAAACCCCGGAGUGGUUAGUCACAAUGAGAUUUUAGAGAUGUAUCGCGAUUAUAUUGACCCCAACUUCACAUGGAAAAACUUCAAUCUCGAGGAGCAGGCAAAAGUAAUUGUCGCUCCAAGGAGUAAUAACGAGCUUGAUGCUAGCAAGUUGAGUAAGGAAUUCCCCGAAAUGUUGCCUAUCAAGGAGUCACUUAUCAAGUAUGUAUUCAAGCCAAAUCAGAAAACUGCUGCGGCUUAAGGAAUCUCUCUAGUUACUUGCGUGUCCGGAUGCGAAUGGCGCCAGUAUUUGAAGUGUAUGGUUGAAAUUUUUGUUUUUUUUCUCUUAAUGUUAUUUAUUGUUACAUCUUGUUUUUUUGUUCCUUUCCAAUAUUGCGAAGCAUGAUUGCAGCUAUUGAUGUUUGAAAGUUGUAUUUGUAACUUGAUGUUUAAUAAAUUAGUCGGAAAUGAUGUAUCGAGUUAUAGAAUAUAUUUUUUUGAAGUACAUUAAGUUUAUCUUUUGCUAA